GUAUUUUCUAUAGUUUUGGGCAAAACCCUGUUUAAGUUAUUGUCGUCAGAGAGAAACGAAACACAAGUCGAAAGUUGAAAGCUUUAUUACAUUCGAUCCAGUGAUUGAUUGUACGGAGCUUUGACUGUGAGGAGAUGUCUGCUGCUACUGUUUCAUAUUCUAGUCGUGUACGAGAGCUUUUAGCCGGGAGUUUAAGUUCAGUUGAAGCUGGAGAAUCUCAGGACUUGGAGAGCUUGGUCAUAGAACUUGUCCACUGUCUGAACUCUUUGUCAGAGAACUUAGCUUCCAAUGCUAGCGAUGACGACGAACAAGAGAAUGAUGCAAAUUCGAAUGCAGGAGACGAGGAUCAUGAGAUUGAUGUAACAACUUUGAAUGAAGUUAUCCAAGUUUUGGAUGAUAUUUUGAAAUUUUUAUCAUCUCCUCUAAUGAAUCAGGAUGUGAUGGAUGCAUUAUCAUUUGAAUUGCCAAAAGUUAUCUCCAAAUUUGCAGGCCUAUCAGGCAAAUGUCUAGAGUUAGCCGAGGAAAUCGUUGAUCGGUUUGUGGAAGCAUGCAAUCCACGUGACAUGCUUUCAGUUCUCUGUGAGGCACUAGAUGCUGCACGGGUCUCUCUUUCACUCUCCACUUCUUCUACUCCUUUAUUACAUGGCCUCUCUAAAGUUUUUAUUUCUGUUCGAAGACGUCACUACGAGCAGCUAAAAGUGGCAGUUCCAAUUGUCUUGAAUGUUUUGAAGGACAUGUCGUUGGAGCCAAACAUGCAAGUCGAAGGUCUAUUUGAUAAGGCUCUUGCCAUUGGCGUUUCCAUCAAAGCUGUUGCUUCAAAACUGGAGAAGGAAGAAGGCACAAAAGUCUGUUGUUUGCUUGGUCUCUAUGUGAUGCAGAUAACUGCUGUUCUAUCAGUUAGCAUCAAAGACAAGGUGGACUCUGGUGUUCCUCUGGUGAUGCAGUUAAAACCUUUAUUGGCAUAUUGUGGCUUAACACACCUUGGUUUAAUCACUGGAAACGACGCUGAAAGAUUAACAAGCACGGUUUCGAAAGAUGAUGAUGAUAAUGACUUCCUCAAUUCUUUCCAUGACAUCAAUUUGGGUGCAUCGCUUCUAUUCAUCUGGGGGAGGAUCUCACCUGAGGUUGCGGAUGUUGCUAGUGAUGUAAAUGAGCUUCAAAGCAAUCCAGUGAAAAGGUGGCAAGCGUAUGGGAUGUUGAAACACAUACUCGCUUCUGGAGACUUGCUCUGGGAAUUCAAGAGACACACUGUUGAGGUCUUGCUUGAGAUAGUCAGGGGAGCAACUCCAUCUCAAUGCAACGUGCAAAUAGAUUGUUCGCAGUACACAACUAGCAUCUACUCUGCUUUACAGGCUGUUACAUUGGUGAUCAUGUAUGCUCCAGACGCGGAUCUGAGGAAGAAGACAUUUGAAGCACUGAAGAGGAUUAUAUCUGAUAUACCAGUUCCUCAGAGAUUUGACGUUUUAAAAGCCCUUGUCACAAACUCCCAGUCUUCCACAAUGAGAGGGAUCCUUCUGGAUCAAGUAAGAAACAACAUUAUGAGCACAAGCAGCUUGCAAGCUACGGACUGUGAUGCUCAUGUUACUGAGCUAGUGGAGUUGGUGUUAAAGCCUCCACAUGGUGGUCCUCCACUCUUCCCGGAUCAGAGUGAUGAGGUUCUGGCAGCUCUGAACCUCUAUAGGUUUGCAUUGUUAAAUAAUUCAAGAGAAAGUGAAGCAGGUAAAGAGACAAGCAGUAGUAGUGGGUUUUUGUCAAAGAAGACUCUGGAGAGAGACUACAAGGGAUGGCUUCUGCCUCUCCGCACUAUUGUGAGCGGCAGCAUUGCAGAGAACCAACGCCAGAAGGAUCAAGACCAGGAAUCCUCACUUGAGAUUCUGUGCAUUCUUAACCGGAUUGAAUCGCUUCUAUAUUGGUGCAUCGAGCUCGUGGAAGAAAGGUUGAAAAGUUCCUAGUAUGCAGAGUACCUCUGCACUACAGUUUUGUCAAAAAAAAAAAAAUAGUGUUGCAAAAUCCAUUUUCCUGCAACUUUGGUUAUUCCAAGAUUAAACUCGUUCCUUUUGCUUAUUGUCGAUAAACUUACUAAAGAAAUGCAAAAGAUUUUGUCUUUCUACC